AUGACAGGGUGCGGCCUGAAUACGCCAGAGGAACUGCGGAUGGGGAGAGAAGCCAUCGAGCAGUGGCGCUCCGUGAAGGAAGACAACGGCCGUCUUGGAAACAGAGUGUUUGGAGGAUUCGUGACCCACGUCAGCCAGUAUCCGUUCGCCAUCUACUUCAUGGGGAAGGAGGAGGGGAGAGUCUGGGACUGCUCGGGCAGUAUACUGGCACCCACGUGGAUCCUGACAGCGGCGCAUUGCAUGGGUCUCAAGAGAAUCUGGGCAGGGAUUCUUUUCGCUGGCGACGUAGACUUUACGACUGACAGGGUCUUCACAAAGAUCAACAUCCAAAUCCGCGCUCUCAAACAAGCCUAUCAGUACAAAGUGAACGACACCUACCGCCAUGACAUCGUGUUGUUUAAACCUUUCAGAGGCUUCGUCAUUGAACGGGGAUUCGUCGAUACCAUUCCUAUAACGGAAACCAGAUCGUGA